UCACGAAAAACUGUCAGGUGUACAAAAAAAUAAAAAUAUUAUAAAUCCCGCCUAAACUAACUAAAGUGAAAAUUUUCAGAUUUCGGAUUUAAAAUUGCUCUUUUGCUCUUUCGUAAAUAGUAGUAUAGUUUGAAUCAUGAAUUCGUCAAAAGCCAAUUCCCCAUCUUUCAAAAAUUUAAGGACGAAACAAAAACAGUCCCCAAUAGCUAUUAAAGAAAAACUUAAAAAGGAUUACAAAGAAAAAGUGCACAAUUGCCGUAAUAUGCUUCUGGACAAAUUCCGAGGGUCUGUGGAUGAAAGUGAACUUCGGGACACUCUGAUAACAAUUUAUAAAAGCAUGUUUGGAUUUCCUAAAUUUGAAGAAGCAGAUGAAGAAAGUGAAGUACUAGAUGAAAUAAAAAAUGAACUUAUUGAUGAAGAAUUACAAUGGUGCUUGGAGGAAUAUGAAAAAUCACAAAUGGAUAAUGUUGAUUGGUCAUUGUUAGAACAAGAACAUGUCAUAUGCCCGGUAUGUCAAAAGAAGAAUUUUAAAUAUGAAGAUGGGACAGUAUCUUGUCCUAAUUGUAAUGUAAAUAUUAAAACACAAAGUACUUUACCAGAAAUAAAAAAAGUAAUUUUUGAUUCUAUUGAAAAACAUUCCAAAAAUUGCAAUGAGACAGCUGAAUUCACAUCAGUACCUGAAUUAAAUGACACUCAUAUAUAUUUAAUAUGUGCACAUUGCAUGGACAUACAGUUGAUAUUGUAA